AUCGGCGAUAAUCAAUGAAGUAUACUUUUGUCAACAAACAAAGUCAGUCUUUUAUCAUCAAACUUUCCUGUUGGCUAUUGUUAGCACAAGGAAAUAACCUUUUGCUUUGCUUCAAGGUUAAACAUAUAUUUGUAGAGACUUAGCCUCGAACCAAAAUAAGAUAUUUCUCGAGAAAAAAGAGAAACUUGAGACUGAAUGACAUGCAGAUCUAACUACAGUUUCCUCAGAGAUGACUUCAUUGAAAUUGUCAGUCAUGAACGCACACUGCACUGAACAUGAUGUUGAAAGGAUUUAAACCAGACAACGAGGAGUGAUACGCUCAGCCGAAAGAAGAUACACGACAGUCAGUUUUCUGUCUCAUGAUCCGAUGAGCUCGCACCAGCCCCAACGACCACGUCAUGCCUCGCAUCACGCGCUCUGCUAGCACCGGCGGGAUCAGAAUCAACCCUCACGUGACGUUCCGAAGCAGGUCGUCGCAAGACAAUGUGUCGUCAGCAGUGUUGGUACAGAAGGGGAACCUGACGCCGCAGUCCUCGGCUGAGGUUUCGAUGUCAGAGUCGUCGCCACUUCUGUCCGAUUCGGUGACGAUAUCCCUGGGGAACGGGGCUCUGAAGAAGUCGGAGAAAGUGCUGGAGGAAGACCUUGACGACGACGUCUUCACGUCUUCAACGACGUGCACGAAGAAGGUCGUCUUCCAUCACAUCAAGGUUGCCGUCAUCCUUCUCCUGACUCUGGUGUGCAGUUUCUACAUCGUCCUGAACAUCGAGGUGGAGGAGGAGUGGCGCCAGUUUAGUGUGGAACCGCUACAGCACACAGGUCUGAAGUUGGAGCAUGCGAGUGCCACGUACCCCGUCGUGAGGAUGUCGCUACAAGGACCCUUCGUGGAGGAGGAGGACGUUGAGAUUGGGAUGGAGGGGACGGAGCCGAUGCAAAUCCGACUAGCCAAUCAAACAUGGACGUUGCACGUGAACACCACCAAGCUCCUGGAGGAAGUACCUGUAACGAUGGAGCACACUUUCACAUGCACAAGUUUCGAGAGUCCUUGCUCCGUGGACGUCAACAGCAGCUCGGAAUCCACCAUCUCUUUCUUCUACUCCUACCACCCCCUCGCCACCGACCACGAGAAUAGCGUCGUCUACGCCCUGAUCGUCCUCCUCCUCGUCUACGUCCUUAUCAUUUUAGAGCUGGUCCACAGAACUCUGGCUGCCCUGCUGGGGUCCCUGGCGGCCGUGGCUGUCCUGGCGGCGCUCAAUGAACGCCCCACGAUGGAGACGAUUGUGAGCUGGAUCGACAUGGAGACUCUCUCCCUCCUGUUCGGCAUGAUGAUCCUCGUCGCCAUCUUCUCCGACACCGGGUUCUUCGACUACUCGGCGCUCAAGGCCUACGAGUUGGCCAAGGGGAAGAUCUGGCCGCUCAUCACUCUGCUGUGCAUCUUCAGUGGGGUCGUCUCCGCCUUCCUCGACAACGUCACCACUAUCCUGCUUCUUGCACCCGUCACCAUCAGGCUGUGCGAGGUUCUCAACCUUGACCCGAAGCAGAUUCUCAUGGCGGAGGUAUUGUUCUCGAACAUCGGCGGGACGGCGACGGCGAUAGGCGAUCCCCCUAACGUCAUCAUCGUGGGCGCUACAGCGAGCCAGGGUAUCACGUUCUCAGUGUUCACGGUCCACGCCGCACUCGGCAUCGUUUUCGUCUCCGUUGGCGGCUACGGCCUUCUCCGCGUCUACUACCGCAACAUCGAGAACCUCAAAAACCAGGAACCGCCAGAAGUCAUAGAACUGCGGCGUGAGAUCGAGCUAUGGCGGAAGACGGCGUUCCGGGUGGGGAUGCUGACGAGGGAGGAGAGUAUAGUGAAGGCUCUCAUACAGCAGAAGACGGCCGAGCUAGAGACCACGCUCAACAGAACUCUCCAUAAACGGAGGAUAGACGAAGAACAAGAUUUCCUGUCGACGUUCCAUGAUUUAAAGAAGAAGUACCGGAUCACCAACUUCCCCCUCCUCAUAAAGAGCGGGUGUGUGCUGUUCGCCGUCAUGCUGCUUCUGUUUCUCCAUUCAUUCAUCUCCACCAUGCACGUGGGCCUGGGUUGGAUUGCGAUCUUCGGGGCGUUGUGGCUGCUUGUUCUGGCUGAUAUCUCCGACAUGGAGUCCAUCCUGCACAAGGUGGAGUGGUCAACUCUGCUUUUCUUCGCCGCGCUCUUCACGCUCAUGGAGGCUUUAGCAGAACUGGGUCUUAUAACCACAAUCGGCACAGCCAUCAGCGACGUCAUCAAGUCGGUCGGGGAGGAGUCCCGACUGCUGGCUGCCCUUGUCAUCAUCAUCUGGGUGUCUGCACUUGCCUCCAGCUUCAUCGACAACAUCCCCUACACCACCGCCAUGGUGCCGGUGUUGCAGCAGCUGAGUGAGGACCGGGAACUCAACCUGCAGUUACUUCCCCUGAUGCUGGCUCUGGCGUUCGGCGCAUGUUUGGGCGGCAACGGGACUCUUAUCGGUGCUUCUGCCAACGUGGUGUGCGCAGGCAUAGCAGAGCAGCACGGGUACGGCAUUUCCUUCCGAGAGUUCUUCAAAGUCGGAUUUCCAAUGAUGCUAGUUACCGUUGCCGUGGCAACAGUGUACAUGAUAGUCUGCCAUGUAUUGAUAGGAUGGAACACAUAGAUGAAUUUAAGCGAAUGUUCUGAUUGGAUGUUGAAUGAACUGCUGAACUUGGAUGGCAGACCUUGCCAGUCUAUUCCACAAUCCCUCGGGUGAGCGGACUGUACAACAGCUACCCACGUGACACACAGUCUGGGGGGACUUUCUCCCGUAGCCCAGUGUAUCCUUACGUAUAGUGGCGGACCAGCAGCUUCUGUAAUGGUGGACAUCUGGUGUUGAGUUGAACUGUGUCUUGUGUCUGAACAUGGUAUUGGUUCAUGGCACCAGGAGAACAGUGUGUGUCAGGACGACACGAUGCGAGUGCUACGUGUUCCACUUUGAACUUCAUUCAUAUUACAAGACUUCCUUCGUUGACUUGGAACUUACAAGAGCUAGUAACCAUGCAGAAAGAUGAAAGAUGAACUGUGUCGCUCAGCCCAACUUCAUAGGCUGGGUGCUCGCUUUGCAUUAUUGUUCUACCGUAUGUAUUCCACACGUCUUGUAUGACGCCGAUAGGAUUUGGGUGUGGCCAAUUCCUUCCCUUUCUAACUGUCGCCUUCCCGUUGUUAUGACAACUGCAACGAACGCAGGGGUUGUCAAGGAAUCUCGCAUUCUGAGCACCCAGCCUAACAGUUACCGUACACUUACGCUAUUAUUCUCUCAUUAAAAUUACGUGUUUUAGUAAUUUCUUGGGACAGUUAAUGAGGUUCUGUAUGAUUUAUGUAUGAUGUAUGUAUAUGUUUGACCUUUUAUCCAAAAGACAUCCACGCAUGUGUGUGGAUACUAGUACUUGAGCUACACCCAUGAAGAUCCGGGGUAGAAUAGGUCUUCGGUAACCCAUGCUUGCCGUAAAAGGCGACUAUGCUUGUGGUCGAUGCAUGUCAUCGAUUCCAGAUUGCGUGGAUCGAUGUUCAUGAUGUCAAUCACUGGAUUGUCUGAUCCAGACUCGAUUAUCUCCGACCGCCGUCAAAAAGCUCGAAUAUUGCUGAGUGUGGCGUUAAACAACAACCUAGAGCUGCACUUGUUGCUGACCUUCAGGCAAGGUCACGUUCUAAUGGUAAGAGCAUAACAAACCGUGAGAUUCAACCGUGCAUUUAAGACAAUCCCAGGGAUUCCAAAAAACAGGUGUUCCCAAUUCAAAGUAUGCAACAUAGAUGCUCUGUUUGGCUGAGGAUUUAUUGAAGGCAGUAUGUGUUUUUGGAAGUCUUGCUGCAACACUGGUCCGGGUUGUGUUCACCAUGUCUGCACUGGGGCGGUGUUUAAACCAUCCUCCGAGGCAUAGGAGAUAACUGUCUUGUCCACCCAAGGCCGGAAUAUUUGGGUGAGAUCGUAGCGCCACCAGUGUCUAUUCUGAGUUAUGUUCCUUCUAUUGACCAAUCAGAUUCCACCUCUCAUAUCACUUGCAUUUUGCUUCAAACAAAAUGGCGGCCCCCAGUGAAGACGACCUGAUCGAUAAUCAAGAUCUAUAUUGUAAUAAAACGGGUCUUACUUCGCGAAGUGCAUGAAAUGACGUGGGCAACUUGAAUAAAAUCAUGAAAAGAUUUGGAAAAUAUCUGUUGACGCUAAGUUGACCAUACACAUGCUUUGCAAAUCCAGCAAUCGACCGAAAUCUGCACGACAGUUUACGAACCGGGUGCUGAUUUCGUUACGUGAUUUUGAUUGGACAAUGCAAAUACUCUUCAAGUACAGCCACAAUUUCACCAUAACUUCGGCAAGAUUGGAAAGGGACAUUUUUAUCAGUUAACUCCCUUGCCUCGGAAGACGUAUUGAAGCCAGAUACAGGAUACCUAUCCCACAAUGCAGUUUGUACAUAAAGGAUGUUAUAAAGUUCCACAUAAAACCCUUGUCAGUCAACUAUCCCGAGUGAUUAUGCAUUUCAAAUUAAACACAUGCCCCCUCUUUCCA